CACUCACUCACUCAGCGCGCGCUGAUGGCGGACACCAGCUUCUUCGCAAACACCCAGAGAGUCUGGAGAGAGAAAGUCACUCCCAGAUUCGCCCGCACCGGCGCUGUAGCGCUGUCAUUCAGGCACCUGUUUUGGGGAGUCGGACGAGGUUUUUUUUAGUCCCUAAGUUGCGGGUUUUACUUUGAACGGGGUAAUAUGUGGGACCGGGGAAUAGUGGACUGUGAUAGACCGGACUUGAUUUAGACAGAGCGGAAAGCAACGCGCAACGUAUGAGGCUCCGUAACUUAGUAACAGAUAUAACAAAAGCCCCAAAGAAGCCGUUGCCCGACCCGAGGAUAUUAUUAUAGUUCGACUGUGUGGAUAUCUGCUCCGCCAGCAUGAAGUUUGCGGAGCACCUGUCCGCCCAUAUAACUCCAGAAUGGAGGAAGCAAUAUAUACAAUACGAGGCUUUCAAGGAGAUGCUGUAUGCGGCCCAGGACCAGGCUCCAUCCAUAGAAGUCACAGAUGAAGACACCGUCAAAAGGUACUAUGCCAAGUUUGAGGAGAAGUUUUUUCAGUCAUGCGAAAAGGAGCUUUCCAAGAUCAACACAUUCUAUUCAGAGAAACUGGCUGAGGCGCAGCGGCGAUUCGCAACUUUGCAGAAUGAGCUGCAGACGUCUCUGGAUGCCCAGCGGGAGAGUAACGCUCCAGGGCUGCGCAGUCGCCGCAAAAUGGUGUUGCCUCUCUCCAACAAGGAGCGCAACAAACAUCGCAACAUCAAAGAUCUGCAGCUGGCCUUCAGCGAGUUCUACCUCAGCCUCAUUCUCCUGCAGAACUACCAGAAUCUGAACUUCACUGGAUUCCGUAAGAUUCUGAAGAAACAUGAUAAGAUUCUGGACACACAGCGUGGAGCCGAUUGGCGUGUGGCUCAUGUGGAGGUGGCUCCAUUCUACACCUGUAAGAAGAUCACACAGCUCAUCUCUGAGACCGAGGCUCUGGUGACCACAGAGCUGGAAGGUGGUGACCGUCAGAAGGCCAUGAAGAGGCUGAGGGUUCCACCUCUUGGAGCAGCACAGCCUGCACCUGCCUGGACCACCUUCCGUGUGGGACUGUAUUGUGGGAUCUUCAUGGUCCUGGCGGUCGCCUUUGUCCUUACUGGUGCUUUUUUCAUUCGUAAUCAGAACAUCUGGCCACUGGUGCGCAUCUACCGCGGCGGUUUCCUUUUGAUUCAGUUUCUCUUUCUCUUGGGGAUUAACACUUAUGGCUGGAGGCAGGCGGGGGUCAAUCAUGUGCUGAUCUUUGAGCUGAACCCCCGAAACAAUCUUUCACAUCAGCAUCUGUUUGAGAUUGCAGGGUUUUUGGGGGUGUUGUGGUGUCUCAGCAUCCUUUCCUGUCUGUUUGCGGACUACACUUGGCUCCCUAUGCAGGCGAACCCCCUCAUCCUCUAUGGCUUUAUGCUGCUCUUCCUCAUCAACCCCUUUAAAACCGCCUACUACAAAUCCCGUUUCUGGCUCAUCAAACUUCUGUUCCGUGUGUUCACCGCCCCGUUCCACCGAGUGGAGUUUGCAGACUUCUGGCUGGCGGAUCAACUCAAUUCCCUGGUGAUUGUGCUCACAGAUCUGGAGUAUCUGGUCUGUUAUUACAGCAUGGAGCUGCAGUGGGGAGAUCGUAGCGGCUUACUUCCCUCCACAUAUGGUGAUGAAAGGUGUAACAGCUACUCUUACGGAAUUCGGGCCAUCAUCCACUGUCUGCCCGCCUGGCUGCGGUUUGUUCAGUGUCUGCGACGUUACCGUGACACCAGAAGGGCCUUCCCUCACCUGGUGAAUGCUGGGAAAUACUCCACCACCUUCUUUGUGGUCACAUUUGCAGCCCUCUACAGAACUCACAAAGAUCAGAAACAUACAGACGCUGAGGUGUUUUUCUACAUGCUGGUCCUGUCUUCAGUCGUCAGUUCACUUUACACGCUCAUCUGGGACCUAAAGAUGGACUGGGGUCUUUUCGACCGCAACGCUGGAGAGAAUACCUUCUUGAGAGAGGAGAUUGUUUACCCACAUAAAGCAUACUACUACUCUGCUAUAAUACAAGACGUGAUCCUACGCUUCGCCUGGACACUGCAGAUCUCUCUGACUUCCAUGACUGUCAUUCCGUCCAUCGAGGACAUCGUGGUUACAAUUUUAGCUCCUCUGGAAGUGUUUAGACGUUUUGUGUGGAACUUCUUCCGUCUUGAGAAUGAGCACCUGAAUAACUGCGGUGAGUUCCGAGCGGUGCGAGACAUCUCAGUGGCUCCUCUAAACGCUGACGACCAGACGCUGCUGGAGCAGAUGAUGGACCAGGAGGAUGGAGUCCGGAACAGACAGGGCAAAAAGAGCUGGAAACGGAGCUACAGCCUGUCCUUACGACGACCCCUGCUGUCCUCUCAGUCUAAGAAGGAUACUAAGGUGCUCAUUGAGGAUACGGACGAUGAGGCUUUCAGCUGAACCCAGAUCUCACUGUCCCGCCACCUGUCUCGGCUUUCUAUUGGUUCCUCACAGAGCUGCCUCAGCACACCUGAUCUCAAACACACACACAGAUACACACAUAUUUCACUUCAGCACUCACAGAUACCAUCCAAAGACAGAGUAGUGGACAGAGUUAAGCACAAAAACAGCCGUGAGACAUAUCAGGACACAACAUCGUACAAACACAACGAUAUAUACACACGCACUGAGAAAACCAAGUGUGGAAUUUUCCUCAAGGUACUUUUUUUUAUUAGAUUUGUUAAUUUUGUUCUUCUAUAUUGAUACAUUUUUGUACAUUUGUUUAGGUUUUUUGAAAUUUAUAUUAAUGCACAUGACUGUUUACAAACUUAAAAUAACUAGGAUCUACAGGGAGGAGAGUUAUCAUAGGAAAGAAUAAUAUAAUAUCGUACACAGCACGGACUCAAGCCGCACACAUUUAGAAAUAACGACAGCUCAGUAGCUGAUGUUUGUUAUAUUUAGUAGGUAAUAGUUUUUUUCUUUCUUUUUUUUCUUUUUUUUUUUUUUUUUUUUGAGUUGUCAUGACAUCAGAGUACGGCCCUGGUGGCACUGUUUGGAAAUCCUCGUUAUUUCCUUACUUUUAAAAACAUAGUGUUUUAUUGUUUCAUCAUAUUUAAUAUGCAAAUAUAUUUUAUUUUUACUUUUUUUUUUACGUGCAUUGCUUUGAUAUCAAAGCUGUCAUAUUUUUGCCAUGUUUGAGAGAAUGUGUGCAUGUGUGUGUGUGUUUUCUUUUGGGGAGUGAUAGCUGAUGUUAAACUAAAAGUUUACAUAGUGCUUUUAGAAUUAUUAUUCAUAUUCACACUUUAACCAGUGAAACUACUGUAAGUAAAGCUGUCAUUGCUGGUUAAUAUUUGAAAUGCCAUUUGAAUAAAAGAAAUGCUGCCCACUGAAAAAGAUCAGAUGAUUCUGUGAACUAUUUAAAUUGUAAUAAUGAUGCACUAAACUGAAAUAGAUUCAGUAAUAAUUGUCACCAAAUUGCAGACUAAAGGGAAGUGGACACCGAACUAAAGUGUUUCCUACAUGGCUUUUUGUAUCGCUUAUUAACAAUUGCCAUAACCACUGCAAGCCAAAGAGGAAAUGCGACCACUGCCAGUCAAUUAUAUUUCUUAUGGUUGUGAUAUAAGUUUUGUAUUAUGGUAAACCGUAAGAGAUUUUGUGCAUCAAAAAGUAGUUCACUUGCGUCGAUGAGAUGUCUUUUAUGAAAUCCUUUUCUUUACCAACGUCUUAAAGGGAUACUUACCCCCCCAAAAAAAAUUAUUGUCAUCAUUUACUCACCCUCAACUUUCUUCUGCUGAACAUACAGAUAUUUUGAAGACUGUGGUUACUGUUUGGUUAGAUUUUUACUUUUUAUUUUUGAGUGAAUGAUCACCUUAACUAUGAUCACAGUUUGUGCGCUUCAUGAGUGUGGCAACAUCUUUAUAAUCAUUUUGAUGAAAAAAUGUGAUUGUACAUGAUUUAUAAUGUACAUUUUUGCGGGAUAGGUGUAACUACCUUGUCUUUCAUACAUUUUCAUAUGUGGUCUCUGAAUUUCAGACAGCAUAUUUAGUGUUUUUCACCUCUUUUAUCACAAUGCUUUGACAGAAGUGAGCGAAUAGUGUCAUUUUAACUCAGAAUGACUUUUAUUUUGAUUAAUAUCUAUUGUUGUCAUCAUAAAAACAAAAACACCAGGGCUGUUUUAGCUGAUAUGUAUGAUUUUUUUUUUUUUCAGCAUUUAGUUGAUUUUGAUACUUUUCUCAGCAGCAUGCUUUGGUGUAUUUUUGCAAGCACAAUCUUUCAGCUGUAACUAAAAUCUAAUCAAAAGAAAGAUUUGUCUUCACAAUCGCUCUUACUUGCUGUUCCAUAUUCUUUGCUUUUUAAAAGAAAAGUGUUCCUGCUUUCUGAAAAAAAAAAAGAUGUACAGAUAGCAUUGUGUUUGUGAGUAACACAUUAGUUGAUUUUAAGUUUAUUGUUUUGCUAAAACACAUUUGAGGCAAAAUUUAAAGAUUGAAAUCUAUCAAAGAAGAAGGGGGAAAACUACAUGUGAUUUGUGGCUGCAAAAGAAUAUAGAGUGCUAUCCUCGUUCCAAAAUGUGGUGUUACUGUGCGGUCCUUUUGUCCUAUAAUAUUAUUGAAAUGUCCAUCUUGUUCUCAAAAUGACCUUUUGGCACACUGUCUUACUUUGCUCUGUCUUUAGUUCUCUCAGAACUGACCGAAUCCUUAAUUAAGUGGACUACCGUGGCACACAAUUUUUUUUUUUUUUUUAAUUAUACACACAUUUGUGAACCAAUAUCGCCGUAUAUAAAUGGAUGCUGAGCACAAAUUUCCCCAUUCAGUGCUUUUUGUAAUGCAUUGCCAAUUGUCUUGCCUGCAUGCUGCUUUUGUUUUGCACUGUAAAUAGUUUUUGUUUUGUUUUUUACAUUUGAAAUGUGUAAAAGAAUGUUGUUUAAUUUAUUGUACUGAUUAUUUAUGUACAAGACCUUUUCUUUAAAUGAGCAGUAUUAUGGUAGAUGAAGGGCAUUUUUGAUUAGCCACAAUCCCACGCUGUCUUACAUGUGAAUUCUAUCAAAAUAGUAUAACUUAAGAUGCUUUAGUGAAUAUGGAAUGUGAUCGGUUUUAUCUGUAUAAUUCUACUCGUAACACUUUCAUCCCCAGGGUUUGUGCCCAUUUGACAGGACUUUGGGUGACAGUGGUUUUGGGUUGAUAUUGUGAACUCUGAUAAGGAAUUGCUGGGAGGAUUGGGAGAAGAAAGGGACAUGUUAACAUUCUCAUUAUGAGAUGAACCCUCAAAAUGUAGGGUUUUUAUUUUGUAUUUUUUUUUUUUUUUACUUUUUCAAAUACAGAACUAGAAUAAUACACAAGCCCUGACAUCAUUUCUUCAUGGGGGGAAAUAAACUAUGUUGACUUGAUUGCUUGCUUACACCCAUGAUGUUAAGUGCUUGAUAUCUCUGCAUCUUUUCUAUCUUCCUAUCUUGAUGUUGUAUCCCUUCUUAAAUACUUGACUGUGACAUUGUUUGUAGUUGGUAGAUGGUUGUACUUUUGAGUAAGUUAAGACUUAAAAGAAAAAUAGAAAAACUUGUGGUUCUGUGAUUAAAUAGACACAUGAAAAUGAAAAUGUCUCAGAGUUUCCCCUUUUACAGAGUAGUUUGUAAAUGUUGAGUGUAUUCCUAUGGUUCAACUGAUGAUCUCAUUUGUGUUUCUGUAUACACUUUGGUGAUCCUGUCAUAUUUGGGUUUUAUAAACCACGCUUAUUUUUAAAACCUUCA